GCAGCAGAAAUGGGAAGCCAUCAAGCUAUGGAGCAACUGGCAUCUGAUAUGCUGUUUGGAAAUAAUGGUCCUCAAAAUAUAGAAGCAGCUGUAUCAUUGUAUGAAAUUUUAGCUGAAGAAGGAUCUCAUAAAGGCCAGACGGCAUUAGGUUUCUUGUCUUCAUAUGGAAUAGGAGUGGAAUACAGUCAAUCAAAGGCACUUGUUUACUACACAUUCGCAAGUAAUGGGGGAAAUCUUCUAUCCCAGAUGAUCUUGGGCUAUCGUUACUGGUUAGGAAUCAAUGUUCCAAGGAGCUGUGAAACAGCACUUAUUUAUUACAAGAAAGUUGCAGAUUACAUUGCAACCAAAUUAGAAGAAAAUGAAGAUAUGCCAGUUGAAAAAGUGAAGCUGAUGGAAAGAUCAGAAAAUCUGGGUUUUGAUACAGAAAUCUUGGACUGGGAUGUACAUCAGUACUACAAGUUUUUGGCUGAAAGAGGAGACACACAGAUACAAGUGUAUCUAGGACAGCUGCAUCUCGUUGGAAGGAAAGGACUCGAGAGAGAUCAUGCUAAAGCCUUCUACUAUUUCCUAAAGGCAGCGAAUGCGGGGAAUGCACAUGGUAUGGCAUUCCUGGGAAAGAUGUAUUUAGAAGGAACUGCUACAGUGCCUCAGAGUAACAUUGCAGCUUUCAAGUAUUUCAAAAUGGCGGCAGAGAAGGGCAAUUCCAUUGGACUAUGGGGGCUUGGACGUCUUUAUUUUCAUGGUAAAGGUGUUCCACGCAAUCACAGCGAAGCUUUUAAAUACUUUCAAAAAGCAGCAGAGAAGGGAUUUGCCCAGGCCCAAUUUCAACUGGGCCUUAUGUAUCACAGUGGCUCAGGAGUCAAGAGAGAUUACAAACUUGCCUUCCAAUAUUUUUACUUGGCAUCUCAAAACGGGCAACCCCUUGCUGUUUAUCACUUGGCUCAAAUGUACGCUACGGGAACGGGAGCUUUCAGGUCAUGCCAGAAUGCUGUUGAACUUUACAGAACUGUAUGUGAACUGGGGAGAUGGUCAGAAAAAUUCCUGACAGCACACUUUGCUUACCAGACUGGUAAUGUUGAUUCAUCUUUUCUUCAAUAUGCACUUCUAGCAGAAAUGGGCUAUGAAGUAGCUCAGUGCAAUUCAGCUCACAUUAUGGAAUCUGAAAAUGUUAAAUUUCUCCACCGAGAGCAGAUACAUCCAUUGGCUCUUCUUUUAUGGAAGCGGGCUGCAAAUCAAGGCAAUAUAUUUGCCAGAGUUAAAACGGGAGAUUAUCACUUCUAUGGUUUUGGAAUAAAGAGAGAUUACUUGGCAGCUGCAGUUCAUUACAACCUUGCUGCCAAUCAACAGAGUGCUCAAGCCAUGUUCAAUCUGGCAUAUAUGUAUGAAUAUGGUUUAGGCAUUGCAAAGGAUAUACACUUAGCUAGAAGGUGGUAUGACCUGGCAGCUGAGACAAGCCCAGAUGCUUUCAUCCCAGUGUUCCUAGCAUAUAUAAGACUAGAAGUGAUGCACCUGUUCACAGAUCUUCAGCUUCUCAAGCAAACAGGAAACUGGAAACUGCUAGGCUUGGACCACAUGCUAAGAUUACACUGGGAUCUGAUUGUGAUGAUAGUCAUCGUUUUGUUGCUUAUACUGUUGAUAAGCAGCAGGCAAAAUUAAACAGGAGGGGUAUGAAAGUUC